AGAAUGCCCCUUACAUUGGUGGGCAGUGAGAAGAAUGCUGCUUCCAUUUGUAGUCAGUGAGAAGAAUGCCCAUUCCAUUAGUGGUCAGUGGGAAGAAUGCUGCUUCCAUUUGUAGUCAGUGAGAAGAAUGCCCAUUCCAUUAGUGGUCAGUGGGAAGAGUGCUUCUUACAUUGCUGGUCAGUGGGAAAAAUGCCCCUUACAUUGGUGAUCAGUGGGAAGGAUGCUUCUUACAUUUUGGUCAGUGAGAAAAAUGCACCUUACAUUGGUAGUCAGUCGAAAGAAUGCCCCUUACAUUGGUGUCAGUGGGAAGAAUGCCCCUUCCAUUCGUGGUCAGUGGGAAGAAUGCUGCUUACAUUGGUGGUCAUUGGAAAGAAAGCCCCUUACAUUGGUGGUCAAUGGAAAGAAUGCUCCUUACACUUUUGACAGUGAGAAGAAUGCUCCUUACAUUGGUGGUCAGUGGGAAGAAUGCCCCCUACAUUGAUGGUCAAUGGAAAGAAUGCUCCUUACAUUUUUGACAGUGAGAAGAAUGCUCCUUACAUUGGUAGUCAGUGGGAAGAAUGCCCCUCACAUUGGUUGUCAAUGGGAA